AUGGCUGAGGCUCACUCCGCUGUAGCCUUCUCCUUCUCUGUCACUCCAGAAGGAAUUGAUGUGAACCUCAACCAUGAGGCUCUCAAGGCAGUAUGGAAGAGUGGCGUACGGUCCUGGAAAAAGCGUAUAGGACGAGCCAAGAACCAGUUUAAAAAUGGUGUGUACCCUGCAACCCCCAUGAGCUGGCUCUUCAUUGCUUCAAUAGUGCUGGGAACUCAAUUAGCGGGAUAUGACAUCUCAUUUGGUCUUAUAGGAUGGUCCCAGGCCCAUAUACCAUGGGUACGAGAUUUCUCUUCAGUUGUGAGGUUGUACUUAAGCUGUAUGCUGUUCUCCACCCUACUGUGGGUAGCCAAGGCCAAUGUAAUGAAAUACACACUGAAGAUGCUACUUCACUACCAUGGCUGGAUGUAUGAACCUCGUGGACCAAUGACUCUUCGCACCAAGAUAUGGAUGGGAUUGGUGAAGUUGUUCGGUGGAAAAAAGCCAUUGUUAAUGAGUUACCAAAGUGCCCUCCCCAAAAUUAGCGUUCCUCAAGUCAGCGACACCAUAGACAGGUAUUUGAAGUCAAUACGUCCAUUGAUGGAUGAUGAGAAAUACAACAGGAUGGAAGGCCUGGCAAAAGAGUUCCUCAGUGGAUUAGGUCCUAAGCUCAAUCGCUAUCUGAAACUGAAGUCCUGGUGGUCCACGAACUAUGUGUCUGAUUGGUGGGAGGAAUAUGUCUACUUGAGUGGAAGGUCACCAAUCAUGGUCAACAGUAACUUCUAUGGUAUUGAUGCAGUGCUAGUCCAUCCUACCAAGAUCCAGGCAGCUAGAGCAGCCAAUGUUAUCCAUGCCAUGCUGUUGUACAGACGAGAAUUGGACACCGAACAACUCAACCCUAUCUUGCUGAACAAAACAAUUCCCCUGUGUUCCAGUCAAUAUGAAAGGCAAUUUCAGACAACAAGGAUACCAGGCAUUGAAAAAGACAAGCUGAUGUACAUGAAGGACAGUCAACAUAUCGCAGUAUACUGUCGAGGACGGUACUUCAAGAUGUAUGUUUACCAGCGAGGCAGACUGCUUAAACCUUGUGAACUGGAGGUUUCCAUCCAGAAGAUCAUAGAUGACACCUCAGAGUCAGCUCCUGGAGAGGAACAUCUUGCUGCCCUAACUGCAGGAGACCGUGUGCCAUGGGCUAAAGCUCGUCAAGAAUAUUUCUCUAAAGGCAAAAACAAGGCAUCUUUGGAUGCUAUAGAAAAGGCUGCCUUCUUCUUGUCCCUUGAUGACGAGGCCCAGGACUUUGAUGCUUGUGACUCAACUAAGAUGGAUCGCUUUGGACGUUCCAUGCUGCACGGGAAGGGCUAUGACCGAUGGUUUGACAAGUCAUUCACACUGGUGGUUCUGAACAAUGGAAGGAUUGGUUUCAAUGCAGAACAUUCCUGGGCUGAUGCACCCAUCAUGGCCCAUCUAUGGGAGUAUGCCACUAUUGAGGACAAGUUCAAGUUUGGGGCCGACGCGCCGGUCAUGGGCCAUCUCUGGGAAGUAUCAACGGCAGACGAUCGCACUCUUGGAUACAAAGAAGAUGGCCACACAAAGGGAGAACCUGAGAUGACACCACCCAACCCUAUCCGUUUAGAAUGGGAACUUCCCAAACCCUGUAUUGCUGUGAUAGAGAACAGUCUAGAAGUGGCGAGGCAGCUUCUUAAUGAUGUAGAUCUGCACAUCAUCAUGCAUAACUCAUAUGGCAAAGGAUUUAUGAAGACUUGUAAAGUUAGUCCUGAUGCCUACCUUCAGCUAGCUCUCCAACUGGCUUACUACAGGAAUGCCAAGAAGUUCUGCCUGACCUACGAGUCCAGCAUGACCAGACUUUUUAAAGAAGGACGUACUGAGACUGUCCGAUCAUGUACCAAUGAGUCUUGUGCAUUUGUCCGAUCUAUGGAUGAUUCAGGAAAAACCGACGCUGAGCGAGUAAAGCUGAUGAAAGCUGCAGCAGAAGUGCACCAGAAGGGCUACAGGGAUGCCAUGACUGGCAAAGGCAUUGAUCGUCACCUCUUCUGCAUGUAUGUAGUGUCCAAAUAUCUGGGCACUGACUCACCCUUCCUGUCAGAGGUGCUCAGUGAACCAUGGAGAUUAUCAACCAGUCAGACACCACACCAGCAGACCAACAAAUUGGACUUGGUGAAGCAUCCAGAACACAUAUCAGCAGGAGGAGGUUUUGGUCCAGUGGCUGAUGAUGGAUAUGGGGUGUCCUAUAUUGUUGCAGGAGAGGAUGUGAUCUUUUUCCAUGUAUCGUGUAAAGUGUCCUGCCUCACCACUGACUCCAAGAAAUUUGGAAACAGCAUCAAUCAGGCUAUGCAAGAUAUCAAGAAUAUGUUUACCAACUCUCGGUGAUGUUAGUUUGUAUUUAGCUAAACUCUUAAUAUAAGAUCAGUUCCAACUACAUAUCCCUCCAGCCAACCAGUGACCUGUGGAAUCUUGCCUGUCAGAUAAAGACAUUCAUUGGAAUAUAGAACACACUGAACCUUCACUGAUCUGGCUCUCUGGUCAACAUAGAAGCUCUCUCAUUAGAGGAUAGAUUUUAUCAUUUUGAUUUUCAAAAAUAUAUUCCAAGAUCAACGGGGCCUGACCAAAUGUUUUUUUUUUUUUUUUUUGUGUUUUUUAACUUUAACAGAAUUGUUUAACCAAGGUUUUACCAGAGUGAUAUAAAACAAAGAUUUAAAGUACAUUAAAAGGAUUCCAUUAAUGUAUUGUGUUUGCUGUAUUGUGUGAUAUUUGACUUAAGUGCAUUCUGAAAUAUAUAUACUUUAAAGUUACUGUCGCAUUUUUUUAUAGCUCGUUACUUUACACAAUAACUUGCAUCAGGACUGGUACAUGUUUUGGUUAAACAAUAAUCGUAGAUAUUUCUCACAUAGUUUGUACAUUUGUAUGUAUGUUGAUGUUUGAGUGCAUUUACUGUAAAUAGUGUUUGUUAGAACUCAUAUAUGUUUGUUUGGUUUACACAAAGACCAUUAUAUGUGGAGUUCACUAUCUUACACAUCUAGACCAAAUCGCUAAAACAUUGUAUGUUUUUCACAGAUUACAAGUUACAUCCAGGACCAAAGUGAAGAUUUUUUCCCCCAUAGGAAUAAAAUUUUUAAAAUUUUUGACCCUUUUCCUUUUGUGCACUGCUUUAAGAUUAUAUUUAUUUUUCGAUGUGUAAGUUAUUGAAAUUUUUAUCACCACUGGCAUGUUUGAAAGCAUUUUAGGAAAAAGCACAACUGUAAGAAUACCACAAAUAUAUGUAUACAAGAUGUAAAUGAAAACUUGACAUGCUUUUAAUACUCUAUUCACUGUAAUCAGUGACCCUCUACUUAGCUUGGUAACUUUUUCCCCUUUUUUCAUCAAUUGUAAAAGCAUUUAAAUAGAACUUUCCAAAACACUCUGAUCAACACUGAUUGAUGAAAACUACCAUUAGUCCAGAUUUGUAUUAUACAAUGGCAUGUUUUAGUAAAACAGGGCAUCCUGUUUAUUUUUUUCUUAUUAUUUGUUUAAAAAUCUGUGAUAAUUUCAUUUGGUGAAAUAUGCUGCCUGCAAAUAUGCUGAAAAUAAUGUGACACUAAUUUAUAUGAAAAAAAAUCCCUAUUCAUGAUAGUUAUUCUCUAACACUUAAUAUCAUUCCCAAGAUCUGACAAGGUUAAUGUCAAUGUUUUUGCAUUUGUCUGAUAGUAAUGUGUAAUGUGGCAG